GUCAGUGUGCAUAGGAGUGCGUGUUUGUCAGUCGCGGGCACCCGCAGCAUCAGCAACACAAAAGGGUCUGCAGUCGUGCAUUGGAGAAGAAGCGCCGCAAGUGACUUCAAGGCCAAUCGAGUGGAAACAGAUCUCCUGCAAGCCGCAGAAGAGGCAACAGAAGAAAGGCUCGCCUGGGUAAAAACAGGCGUUGUGGGGGAAAAAAAGGCCGAUCGAUGUUCCCUAAGGUUUUACUGCAGUGGCGUUCGGCCCUGUCGAGCUGUGCAGCUGAAAUAGAGAAGCGACGACAGGGCAAAUUCCAACCUUUCAGACGCCUGUUUGGGAAGAAGAAGAAGUUGGGAACUGAGAGGGUACAAGAGCUGAAGACGAGCUUUUCCACGGGGGAAGUGAGCAAUGGUGUCGUCGCCAAGGAUCAGCCCGAUCAACAUCUGAGGGAGCUGACUCCUAUCGGGAACCGAGCCCUCUCGCACGACAGUGUCUUCAUCCAAGAGGAAGCAGUGACGGAGGGCGGCUCGGAGCACACCAUGUCCCAAGAGAACGUCUCCGAUAAAGUCAGGAACCUUCAGAGGCAGAUCGCUCAAAGUAUCAAGUUUGGCCAGAAGCCCCCCUCUCUUAGGAAGAGUGAGGAUGACCAGGGCAGCUCGGAUGAAAACGAGGGGCCCCAGAGCCCCCUUGAGGUACUGUCCCAGGUGGAGGCGGAGCCAGACCCAAACGUCUACGGAGAAAGCCUGGUCCAAGGCUCCCAUCGGGGUGAGAUACACCAUACCCCAGUGAAAUCCCCCAGGUCCAAAUGUAUUCUUCCAGCCACCGGGACCAUUGAGUCCAUUAACCUGGAUUCAGUCCCACAGUCUGUCCCUCGAUUGGACAACACCGCUGCCAAGCACAAACUAUCCGUAAAGCCCAAAAACCAGAGAGUCUCCCGCAAGCACCGCAAGUUCACACCGGAUCUGCAGGACAUGUCUCCGCCCCCUGUACUCCAUGAAGAGACAGAAGGCCGCGAGAACCUGGAGGGCCCUUGGUCCAGACAUGGGGGAUCCCCCUUCGAUUCUCCAGACACAUUCAGUAAACAAAGACCCCGGGUGGAAGAAAGACUGGAGUCCAGAGAGAAGAGAGACAGGGAGGAAGAGGAACUGAGAGGGGAGGAGCUGGAGGAGGAGAGGAGGAAGAGAGCGGAGGAGCUGUACGAAAUAGGGGAGAGAUGUCGCAAACAACAACAAGAGGAGGACCACAGACAAAGCGUGGAGCUGGAGAGGAGAAGGAAGGAAGAGGAGGACAGGAAGGUGCAAGAGGACGCGAGAACGAAACGGGAGGAGGAGAGGAGGACGAAGGAGGAAGACGAGAGGACCCAAAGGGAAAAAGAGGAGAAGAUCCGCGAGGAGGAGCGCCGUCAGAGGGAGGAGGAGGAGCGCAGGAGGGCGGAGGAGCAGAGGCGGAGGGAGGAAGAGGCGCUGGAAGCGGAGCGCCUUCGCGUCGAGGAGGAGGAGGAGGGGAACCGGCUGAGAGACAAAGCAGAGCAGGAGGAGAGGAGGAUGACCCUGGAGGACGAGAGGAGGCGGGAGCGGGAGGAGAAGCGCCAGCGGGAAGCGGAAGAAAAGGAAACCAAACGCCGGGAUGCGGGGGCGCCCAGGACGCCGCCCGCGCCCGAGGGCGAGAGCGGCUCGGACCCCGUGGCGAGGAGGAGGAAGGCCGAGGAGCUGCGAUGGCGGGAAAUGGAGGAGAGGCAAAGGCCCUUCUCGUUCAAGGUCUCCUCCGGGGAGAAGCAGAUCCUUUUCCAGAAAGUCAACUUGACGCCCGUGACGCUGCCCUCCAGCCAACCGGAAGGCACGGCGACCGACCCCAGAGAGGAUUCCAAAGCCUCCUCCCCCGGGGGAGCGGAGUCCCUCAGCUUGUCGUCUUUCCAGUACGUCCCCCACACAGCCAUCCUGGUGACAGGGGCUCAGCUCUGCGGACCCGCUGUCAAUCUGGAUCAGAUCAAAGACACGGCGUGCAAAUCCCUGCUGGGCUUGGGCGAGGACAAGAAGGGCAUGAACGCUUCCCCGACCAAGUGCAAGGCCUCCCCCGAGCGCAAGUCGGGGAAAACCAAGUCCCUCAGCGAGUCCUCCACUUCCUCCGAUCAGUCCAGCGCAGCCAUCUUGGCGGAGUGGGCCAGCAUCAGAUCCAAGAUAUUCAAGGGAGCCGACGAGGGGAAGUAUGAGGGCUACCCGGAUCCCGGCCACAGCCCCACCCAGGUCCAGAGCGGGACCGGCGGCCAGGAGACGGACCAGACUCCAUUCCCACACACCAACCUGAGGAAGACCAUGUCUGCCAGCGCCAAGUUCUCCAUAACCCCGGCGAAGAAGAAAUUUGCAGACUCCAGCAGAAAUGUGGAAUUGUCAUGUCAGGCAGACAAGGACAGGGGGAUGACGGAAAACGCUCAAUCCGACGGCUCGUCCGGCACCGCUGCCGUCUCCCCGGCUCCAGACGGCAAGGCCCAGAGCAAGGCGACGAAAGGGGUCCGCGUCGCGGGCAGGUCAGAGGGGUGCCAGUUUGCCAAAGACCUCCCGUCCUUCCUGGUCCCCAGUCCUGACCAGGACUCAACCCAACGCGAGGGGCCAGAGGCCCGGAGCCCGGGAGAAUCGGACGAGCCCGGUGAGAGCGGGGAGGGCGAGAAAAUGGGCCCGGACGACCAAUCCAGGCCUUCUCCCUUCGGCAUCAAGCUCAGGAGGACCAACUACUCCCUCCGCUUCCAGGGCGACCAGCCCACAGAGAAGAGGAAGAAAAGGUACAGCGCCGGGGACGCGUUUGAUGGCGUCCCCCCACCUCUCGCUCCGAUAGAGCCCGACUCCAACUCUUCCUCCGCGUUACCCGACGAGCCCAGCUCCGCCUCGCCACUUCGAGAAAGCAGUCCAGUGCACACGGCGGCGCCCUCUUCCGCCACCCGGGCCAAGCGGGGCGGGUUUAGCGCGGGGGAAAAGACCUCACCCAAACCCCCGUUGCACCACAGAGCCAGCACCGCCGUCAAGUUCACAUGCGCCGAUGCCUCUCCUCAGUUGCCCCUCCUCAAGACCGCCCAAGGAGGGCCCAGCGAGGCCGCGACCCAACAAACCGGCCUGGCAGCGGACUCAGCGGACCAGGAGAAGAGAAGGGACGAGUCGUCAGCCGUUGCCCAGCUGCUCAGGGGCGGCCAGGGGGACGAGGAGCCCAAGGAGAAGAAGUCCUUCUUCCCCUCCAUCAGCAUCCCCUGGAGGGAGAAGCCUGACAGGAAAGCGGAGCUUAUCAAGCGAGAAAAGCCGUCUCUGCAGAGCAGACAUUCCCUGGACAGUGUGCGGAUCCAGGAGAAGGAUAGCGGGCCUUUGUGGAUCACGCUGGCUCUGCAGAAGCAGAAGGGUUUCAUGGAGCAGCAACAGGGCCGUGACAACCGACGGAGCCAAAGAGAGGCCAAACUAGCAGAGAAGCAGGCCAAAGAAACCAGUGGAUCGGUUAGUCCUUCAGAGAGUAAAGGGAACAUCAACACCAGUCCUAAACCUCAACAAACUCAAGAGGCCAAAAGGGCAGAUACCUUGCUGGCCCGCUUUGAGCGCCGAGACAACCUGAAGAAAGCCAACACUCUACCAAGCUCUGUCACAGUUGAGAUUUCCGACUCCCCUCCGUUACCCCCUGCUGUGAAGGAGGUAACAAAACGCCUGCCCUCCAGUGACUCUCCCCAGGCCUCCACGGAGCCCGCCUGGCUGGCCCUGGCGAAGCGCAAGGCCAAGGCCUGGAGCGACUGCCCCCAGAUCAUCAAAUAAUCUGCCCCCGGUUCAGUGCUCCAAUGUCGACACGCUACUACCACAACUAUACACAGCCCAUGAACUAUGACCCUCUCCCCCUCCCCCAAUCCCGAGCCUCCUUCUGCCCUUCCUGUCCCGCCCCCACCCUGCUCCCAAGCAAUGCUUGUGCCAUGAACCCUCAUGACCACAACCAUCUUUCUCAAGCGAUGCUUGUCAACGAUAUAAUAUGUUACGCACACGUUAAAGACCCCAUGUCACGCACAGCUGAUCACAUGCAAGACUGCGCACUGCAAUAUUCUACCAAUACCUAAAGUAGCCAAUCAAGCCCAACACGGUUGUCAGUACAUGCACUCGGCUCAAUACUUAUUUGAUGGAUGUUUCAGAGCAAAAACUCAACUUCGCAGAUGGUCACUUUGUAAAAUACUCCUCAUUACUGUAUUAACAAGUGUUCACUGUGUGUUAUAUUAUCUCAUGGGUAUGAUUUUAAGUAGGCUACUGAUUUCAAUGGAUGUCAUAUUUGAUCUUGUCUGCAAUGUACAGAAACUUCUUUUAUACAUGUAUUUAAAUCCUGUGCUUAGUACAGUAUAACAAUUCUCACUGUGUCCGUAACGACUGUGAAUGCUGUCAAAAAGCAAUUGCAACAUGUUGCAAUGACAACGUUGUUGUGUUCAUGAACUAACAUUAAAUCGGUCUUGCUCACAUGUUGGCUGCAUUGAAACGCUGCACUGAAGUGAACAGUACACAAGAACCAUAAUAAUUCUGAUGAUAUCGUCUGGAUGUAGCUUCUUUUCUUUUUUUUAAAGAAAGAAACCACUCGCUUGCUGUAAGACAUCUUUACUGUACAUAGUGUGACCCAUCCCAAAGCAGGCUAACACCACUACCUACUUAUCCGUUUUCUACAUAGAAAUAAACCAUUCAGCAGCUCUCUAAGAACCUCUAUAAGGCUAGGUCAGCCGUCCCAAUACAGUAUGGACAUCGCUAAAGAACUUACAGUAAGCUCUUUCAUUUCUACAAUUCUCACUUAUCUAUGUAAUUAUGUAUGUAUGUAUGUGUGUGCGUGUGUGUAUGCAUGGUAGAUGCACUGUCUCCAGGACUUUGCCCCUGAGGCAUAGUCACUUUUUUAAAUAACUUUCGUUGUGUGCAAUAGUGUAGUGUACACAGUGUUGUGUAACAGAGGUGUUUGGUAAUAAUUGCCCUUUUUUUCUUUUGGUUUCACUUGGAGUCGUCUAUGAGGGGCUAAUGAAAGUGAUGCAAAUGUCAUUAAUAGUGUAAAUUAAAUACUGAUGUCUGAACUUCAGGCCUAGAGUCAUCCAAUUCCACA